UGUGUUUGAGUUUACGCAAGGUCGGGUACGAAUAUUUUUAAAUCUCUUUGUUGUAAUUUUGGCAGUUAUUGAAAUAAAUGAAAUAGCGAAAAUGGAGAGCGGAAAGGGUUCGGAUGAAGUAGGUAAUGGAUUUAAUAACAUCGAGGAAAUCGAAGAUACUUUUCAAGAUGCUGAAGACGGACAAUGCCUAGGGCUCUCUAAAAACGGAAAAGCUGAUGAAAGAGACGCACGCGGAAGGCCUGGAUACCCCUCCGGGGAGGUCGUAGCUAAAAUGCCAGUUGCGAAAUAUGCCUCACAUUAUAACAUGGGACAUAAAAAAAGGGGUUUAGCUCUUAUAUUCAAUCAUGAAAAAUUCGAAUGUGGAAAUUUGAAGCCUAGAGCUGGAACCAACGAAGACUGCAAAAAUCUAAAAGAGUGCCUUAUUAAUUUAGGAUUCGAUGUGCAUGUUUUCGUCGAUUUGAAUUAUUUCGAUAUCGAAGAUCACAUAAAAAGAACUGCCCAAGCUAAUCACUCCCAACAUGACUGCCUCUUAAUAUCCAUAUUAUCCCACGGAGAAUGUGGAAUAAUUUACGCAAAAGACACCCCUUACAAACCCGAUUAUUUGUGGUCACAUUUUACAGCAGACAGGUGUCCAUCUUUGGCAGGAAAACCUAAAGUAUUCUUUUUGCAAGCCUGUCAAGGUGAUAAGCUCGAUGGGGGAGUUACUUUAAGUAAUACUGAAACUGAUGGAGAGCUCCAUAAUACUUAUAAAAUUCCUUCACAGGCUGAUUUCCUUAUUGUUUAUUCUACAGUUAAAGGUUAUUACUCAUGGCGAAAUACCACCAAAGGCUCCUGGUUCAUCCAAUCGCUGGUCGAGGAACUGAAGAGCAGAGCCUUCGAACUGGACCUCAUGACCAUCCUAACAUUCGUCUCUCAACGUGUAGCUUUGAAUUUCGAAAGCAACGUGCCCGACAACGCAUCGAUGCAUCGACAGAAGCAAAUUCCGUGCAUCAUGAGCAUGCUCACCAGGUUGAUACAGUUCAAGCCGAAAAGUGUUGGUGGGUAAGAUUUUUGUUCCUCUUAAAAAAAAGGAUUCAGAGAGUGUAGAGUGUUGUUUUUUGUUUAGCUAUACGAGGCAGUCAAAUGUUUAGUUGUCAACUAACU